AUGGCGGACGUCCAAACUCCCACCGAAGCAUCUCUUUUCUCAACCUCGACCCCUACUCCUGAAUACACAGCCCCCGUCUCAAAGGAAGCAAGCACACAAGCCUCCUUGGCCGCCAGCACCACACAGCCCGCAGCGACCCAGACAACGGUGACGAUGAACGGUGACAGUACCACCCCGGCAUCGAUAUCAAAAUCAACGGGCACAAUGACCAACGGUGUAGUGGCAGAACCAACGCCUACAACGACCUCUACCUCUUUACAACAACAGCAGCAGCAGCAGCAACAACCCUCAGAAAACGUACCCACAGACGAAGAGCCUCCUCUCUUCUCGCCGUCUCUUAUCAGCCCGGUAGUAUCAUCACUCUUACCGCAAGGCUACACGAUCCGCCCGCUUCGACGGAGCGACUACUACGGAGGUUUCCUCGACACUCUCCGCGUCCUCACAGCCGUCGGCGAACCGACCCUCGCCGAGUUCAACGCCCGCUACGACUUCAUGUACUCCCGCAACGACACCUACUACAUCCUCGUCAUCUGCGACGGGUCCGGCACGGUCGUGGGCACGGGGGCCGUCAUGGUCGAGCGCAAGUUCAUCCACAACAUGGGUCUGGUCGGACACAUCGAGGACAUUGCCGUUGCGAAGAACCAGCAGGGCAAGAAGCUCGGCCUGCGCAUCAUCCAGGCGCUGGACUACGUCGCCGAGAACGUCGGCUGCUACAAGUGCAUCCUCGACUGCAGCGAGGCCAACGAGGGCUUCUACGUCAAGUGCGGUUUCAAGAGGGCAGGUCUGGAGAUGGCACAUUAUUACGAGACUGCCCCCAAGAUGUGA